ACAAAUAGUAGUGUUUACAUCAGAAAAUUAAACAAAAACAUAGUUUUAAAUAAAACAAUCAAAAGCUAAUCGAUUCAUCAAUGGCGAUGUCAGGAACAUACGUGACGGAGGUGCCUCUAAAGGGAAAGGCAGAGAAACACUACAAGAGAUGGAGGAGCGAGCAUAACCUCUUCCCCGACGCCAUCGGUCAUCACACCCAAGGAGUCACCGUCCACGAGGGCGAUUGGGACUCUCACGGCACCAUUAAAAUCUGGAACUACACUCGUGACGGGAAGGAGGAGAUGUUCAAGGAGAUGACAGAGAUGGACGACGAAAAUAUGGUCGUGACGAUCAAUGGGCUCGACGGUCACGUGAUGGAGGAACUAAAGGUGUAUGUUGUAAUUUACCAGUUCAUCCCCACGUCUGAGGAAGGUUGCAUCUGCAAAGUCACUAUGGUGUGGGAGAAGAGGAACGAAGAUUCUCCUGAACCUGUCAACUACAUGAAGUUCGUCGAGAUGAUGGUUGCUGACAUGAACGACCACAUCCUCCAAAACCAGGAAUGAUGAUUGAUGCUUGAUCACUAUCACAUCCUCUUUCGUUUAUGCAUAUAUGUGUGUGUGUGUCUAUAUACUUUUCGUUAUGUUUCGGGCAUGAUACUUCCUUUUUUUUCUUGAAUGAAUCUUAAAGUGGAU